AUGGAAGCUGUAAAAGUUGUUGUAAGGGUCCGACCCUUAAAUCAAACAGAAAAAGGUCGAGGAAAUUAUAGCAUAAUUCAAAUAGACCGUGAAUUUAACCAAUGUACAAUUACUAACCCAAAAACCCAAGUCCCAAAAACUUUUGCAUAUGACUCAGUUUAUGAUGAACAAUGUCCUCAGCAGCUGUUAUAUGAUGAAACCGCUUUUCCUUUGGUAGAAAGCGUAAUUCAAGGCUAUAACGGAACUAUAUUUGCGUAUGGGCAAACAGGCUGUGGGAAAACUUAUACGAUGGUUGGUGUUAAUGAUCCACCAGAACUUAGAGGGAUUAUUCCUAAUUCUUUUUCACAUGUUUUUAGUGCUAUUGCUGAAGCUCCUCAUGAAAAAUGUUUUUUAGUGAGAUGCAGAUUGGUUAAUUAUUAUCCAAAAGAUUUAGUAGCACGACGAAGUCGUGCUUUGUCUAUUUUUAUGCCUUGGAAAAUAAACCAGAUUGCGACCUUUGCGUCAGCCGAGACUAGGCUAGUACUUUAGACAAGUGCAGAGGAAGACUUAGGCUAGAUUCUGCUAUUUUAAUAAAACUCACCACAAAGUAAUCGGUGGGGCGGAUUUCAAGUAACCCCCUCAGCUUGGAAAAUAAUUAUAGGAUCACAAGCUCUGGCUAAAAUAAAUUACUUUGGGUAGGGAGAUGCAGCUACUGUGAAAUCUAUAAUGAAGAAAUCAGAGAUUUACUGCAUUUCGACCCAAAUAUGAAACUCGAAUUAAAAGAGAACAAAGACAAUGGAAUUUUUGUCAAAAACUUGUCAAUGCAUACCGUAAAAAGUGUUGAUGGGAUUGAGCAAGCAAUGGCUGAAGGUAACACACACAGAAUUACAAAGGAAACGCAGAUGAACGAAAGAUCAUCUAGAUCUCAUGCAAUUUUUACAAUUUAUAUUGAAAGCAGUGAAGAAAUUGAAGAAAGACAAAUCAUUAAGGCUGGAAAAUUAAAUCUCGUAGAUUUAGCUGGUUCAGAAAGGCAGAAAAAGACUGGGGUUGCAGGAGAUACAUUAAAAGAAGCAAUUGAAAUUAAUUUAUCGCUAAGUGCGUUAGGAAAUGUAAUUAGUGCAUUGGUAGAUGGAAGUGCUAAUUCUUUUUAAUAACAAAUUUAUAAAUUUUAUUAUUAUUCGUAUAUAUUUAAUAAAAAAUAAAAUAAAAAAUAAACAAGGGUGUAAGCACAUUCCAUAUAGAGACUCAAAACUUACAAGACUUUUACAAGAUUCAUUAGGAGGCAACACCAAAACGGUGAUGAUCGCAGUAUGCUCUCCUGCUGAUUAUAACUAUGAUGAAAGUUUAAGCACUUUAAGAUACGCAAGUAGAGCUAAAUUUAUCCAAAAUAAGCCAAAAGUCAAUGAAGACCCAAAAGAUGCCCUGCUUCGACAAUAUGCUGAAGAAAUCGAAAAACUUAAAAAAAUGCUUCAGGAAAGAAGCUCAGGAGAACCUAUUAUAAUAGAAAAAAUUGUGGAAAAAGAAAAAAUUGUGGAAAGAGAAAAAAUCGUAGAAGUUGAGGCUAAAAGAAAACGUAAAAAGAGAAAAAAAGCGCCAAAGGCGAAUGUGUUAGAAUCAGAUAGUGAAGAAGAAUAUCCUGAUGAUUUUGAAUCCUCAAUGAUAAAUGACAGACAAAAUGGAAAAAGCCAAUCUUCUAUAGAUUCUGGAGAAAAUACCAUGGAAAAUGAAAUAGCAAAACACCCAAAAAAAUAUUCAAAAUCGAAGAAAAACUCUUCAGACCUUCAGAUGAAGGAUGAAGAUACUACAGAAAUUGAGGGGUCACAAAGCCCACCUAAAAGUAAGCCAAAAACUAAGUCAAGUAAAGCAGAUUUAAUAGUAAGGCAGAUUAAAUUAAAAGUCUUAAGGUCUUCUAGAUUUGAUGCCUCUACACACUUGCUACCACAGGAUUCUUGCUUUCAGGAGUAGCUCAGUUGCCUGAGCCCCUUCAACAGUAGUUAUCUCCCGGAAUCUAGGGCUUGUAUAACGUCCCUGAGUAUCAACGAACUAGGAAGACGCCUCUGUGUUGCACAUCUUGAGGAUGCUAUGGGGGAAGGUUAGCCUGAUACCUCCUCCUAUCGGCCACCUUGAGGAAGGGUGACACCCAGAAGGACAUAUUUUUUAUCAACAUCACUAUAUUAAUUAUUAGUAAGGCCAGGAAAAGGAGAAGAUAGGACAGAACUUGAAGGGCAAAAAGCCAAAGCUAAUGCUAAGAAUAGUAAAGGAGAUGUAAUUGUCCGCCAAUCCAAAGAAGAAGAAAGUGCUGAAAUUGAAGGAUCUCAAAGGCAGUUUAAAAAUAAAUCAAAAGCUAAGCCAAGUAAGGCAGAUGGAAUUAAUCUUCAAGCAAAGUAUGAAGACGCUACAGAGCUUGAAGAAUCUCAAAGCCAGCUAAAGCAUAAACCCAAAGGCAAACCUAACAGACCAGAUGUAGCCAGUAUCCAAGCAAAAGACGAAGACCCCACCUCAAAAGAAGGCUCCCCAGCACCUAAAUCCAAGCCAAAAUCUAGUACAGCCGACUUAAUUAUCUCCAAAGACCCCAAAAUUUCUAUAAAAACCAAAGAAAGCCGCAAAACCUCUGCCGAUGCGAAAUCUCCCAAACAAAGAAAGCUCACCACCUCAAUCAAAGAAGAAACCGCCGCCUUGCAGCUUGAACUCGCUCAAGAAGAUCACGGACAAAAAGAAGAAGACAUGGAAAAAAUGAUCCAAGAAAUCCAGCUCCAACUAAUCGCAGGUGGCGAGCAACUUGACAAAGCAGAAAAAGAGCGUCUCAAAGCCCAACGAGAUUUCCGAAAUAAACUGAAAAAACAAAAACAAAAGGAAAAAGCUUUAGCUGAAGAAAACAGAAAAAAAGAAGAAGAAAUGCUGAUGAAAGAAAAAGAGUAUCAGAAUUUGCAAGAAGAAGUCGACGAUUUGAGGAAAGUUAUAAUGAAAUUAAGACUGAAAUAUAAGUCAAGCUUAGCAGAAAUUGAAGAUUUGAACCAUGAGCAUGAAAUAGAAAAAGAAGGGCUUUUGGAGACUAUAAGGUCAAAGGAAAGAGAGACUGAUUUUUUGCAUAGAGUUUUUGAGUUUAUGCUGCCACCAAAUGAGCUGCAGAAGAUAAGGCAGAGGUCAAGGUGGGAUGAUGAUAAUCAUGAAUGAAAAAUACCUGCUUUUGUGAUUCAGCAAAAGCAAAUAACUUUCCCAAAGCUUCCUAAGCAGCAGCUACGAGAAAUAGUUCAAAAUGAACUCAAAACUCGUACAGUAGUUUACCAAUCUGAAGCUAAAAACCCUCAGCCAAACCCCAAAUAUGCCCAGUACGAAGAAGAGCCUAAUGAAGAUUUAAGGAACAUGAAAUUUUCUGACUGAAAUGAAGGCCAAAAUUAUGAAGAAGUCAAUGGAAAUGGAUACUCGAAUACGAAAUAUGAGAACGGGAUUGCUCAAGGGAGGUUUGAAAAUGAUGGAAGGCCUAUUACAAGUGGAGGACAUAGCAGGGACUCACAAAUUCUAAAACAGGUAAAAAAUGCUGCUUUAGAACCAAUUGAUUUAAAAUCACUUACAGGAGAAGGGAAAAGUGCAGUCCUUGGGCAAGAAAUCAGCUUGGCUUCUCCUGCUGCCAGAGGAAAAAUUGCUGCACAGCCACAAGGUAAACCUGUAUUAAAGCCUAUAGAUCAUAGGGGUAUCAGCAAAGAAAAAACCAUGCCAAGAAAGGCUAGUAAGGGGAAUUUAGCUUCUUAUUAG